UGGCCCUCAUGUUAACCGCAGGUUUUCCAAGGGCAUGCGCAAUUGCAGCCUGCCAGUUAAAAGUUUUGGAGUAAAGCAGCAGUCCCCGUCCUGCUUAAAGAUGAUAACAUGGCUACUUACUAGUGUUUCAGCAGGACUCCUGGCCCUUCUUCUCUACCAAAGGACAGCGUACCCCUUCUUUUGGGAGGAUCUCAUGUAUUACUUGAAACUCCGGAGGUACGGAAAGGCGCUGAAAUCUCGUAUGCAAAAGGGAAUCAUAACAUACCUCGACUACCUUCUCUACCACGCCAGGAAGAGCCCCAACAAACCCUUCAUAGUCUUCGAGGAGCAGACUUUGACUUACCGGGAUGUGGACAGGAGAAGUACCCGCUUUGCUAAAGUGUUCCGGGCCGAGGGGGCUUUGAGGAAAGGAGACGUCGUUGCCCUGCUGAUGUGCAACGAGCCUGACUUUAUCUGUGUCUGGUUUGGCCUCUGUAAGCUCGGCUGUGAGGUCGCCUUCCUCAACUUCAACAUCAAAUCUCAGUCCCUCCUCCACUGUCUGCAGAGCUGCGGGGCCGACACGCUGGUGGUCGGCGCAGAUUUGGCAAAUUUGCUAGAGGACCUGCUGCCUAGCCUGAAGGACAACAACAUCUCUGUGUGGGUGGUGGAUGACAGAUCGCCAUAUGAGGCGUGCAGCAGCUUGUUGGAUAAGAUGGAGCAGAUGUCUGGAGAACCGUUGUCUGACCUGCCCAAAGCUGACAUCAUGUCCAACUUCCUCUUCAUCUUUACCUCAGGCACCACUGGCGUUUCUAAGGCGGCUCGUGUUGGUCAUCUGAAAGCCAUUAUGAGUAUGGCCUUCCUGGAGUUUUGUGGAGCCAGAUCUGAUGACAACGUCUACAUCGCUCUUCCUCUUUACCACAUGUCAGCCUCCUUACUGGGAAUCGGAGGAUGCUUACAGCUUGGUGCAACAUGUGUGUUAAAAAAGAAGUUCUCUGCCAGUCAGUUUUGGAAGGACUGUGUGAAAUACAAUGUCACUGUGUUCCAAUACAUAGGAGAGCUCUGUCGAUACCUGGUCAACCAGCCCACGGUUCCAGAGGAGAAAACCCACAGUGUUCGUCUUGCAGCAGGAAGUGGUCUCAGGUCAGAUGUGUGGCAAGAGUUUGCCAAACGCUUUGGGAAUAUCAGGAUAAGGGAGGGUUACGGCUUGACCGAGGCCAGCAUCGGCUUCCUCAACUACACUGAGGAGAUUGGACCGAUUGGGAGGGCGAGCUAUUUUAACAAGCUCGCUGCGCCUUUUGAACUCUUGAAAUGUGAUCCCCAAACAUAUGAGCCGAUCCGAACAGACUCUGGGAGAUGUACACCAGCACAGACAGGAGAGACUGGCAUCCUGGUGGCUCCACUGUCAGUGAUGAACCAGUUCCUGGGCUAUGCUGGUAACAAAGUGCAGUCUGAGAAGAAGCUCCUCAGGGAUGUGUUCAAGGAGGGCGAUGUCUACUUCAACACCGGAGACCUCCUGCUCCGUGACCACAGGGACUUCCUCUACUUCCGCGACCGUAUUGGAGACACCUUCAGGUGGAAAGGAGAGAAUGUCGCCACCACAGAAGUCUCUGACAUUUUGGGUAACCUGGAAUUCAUCCAGGAGGUCAAUGUCUACGGAGUCGCUGUACCAGGACAUGAGGGUCGAGCGGGCAUGGCGGCGAUCGUCCUGAAGCCGGAUCACAAAUUAAACGGUGCAAAACUCUACAGCCACCUGGUGAAAAGAUUUCCUGCAUAUGCCUGGCCGUGGUUUCUCAGAAUACAGACGUCUAUAGAUGUGACGGAGACCUUCAAGCAGCAAAAGGGGAAGCUGGUGCAGGAGGGUUUUAACCCUGAGGUCGUCAAGGAGCCUCUGUACUUCCUGGAUGUCUCUCAGAGGGACUACACGGCCCUCACCCCGUCUCUGUACGAGGACAUUGUCUCCGGAAAGAUCCAUCUGUAGACAGUGGAGGAGGCGGACCCUGAACUCAGGUGCUCAAAAGGGAGAUUAAAAGCUCAACAAAAACAUGACAAAAAUAUUUGUCAAGUGGCAUGGCCAGUUUAUGUUUUUUGUUUGUUUUUUGAAGAUAUGACGGUGUUUACUGAUAUCUACAUCUAUCCAAAAUGAUCCAUCCACUGCUGUCAUUCAAAACUUAAUGUAACUGAUGAUAAUGUUUUAUUUAGAAUCUUAACAGGAAGCCUGGGCUAAAAAAAAUUGGAAAAUCUCAUUCACACUCUCUGAUACAGAGACAUUUGUUUAGUUAGUUAUAUAUUUACAUUAUUAAGGCCUGGGGGGAAGUAUUGGCUGGCAGGGCAGGAUACACAAUAACAAAUUUAAGGAGAUAACAUUACCACAAAUAUUAAGAAUCCCUACAAAUAUAUUGUGUUUGUGUAACUAUGUAUAACUAUUUUGUAUGUUUGGAGUAAUUCUAGGUUUACUUGUUUGAAAAUUCUUUGAUGACUGUUAACCACCAACUGCUUACCAAUAUGGCCUGGAUUUUUUAAUAGUAUGUGAUUUUUUUAAUAGUAUGUAAUUUUCUAACAUUGAUAGUUUUGAUAAUGAGUCUGUAUAGUAUGAACUGAUUUCUUUCAAAAUGUAAAUAUGUCCAUUUUAAUAAAAACAAAGUCUUGAUGU